GUUGCAAGAAAUGGAGAAAACAACGCAGUUAUCCAAAGUUUUGCUCAAACAGCAUCAAAUUAGGCAAGGAAUCAUACUAUACCCACACUUUUUGCGUAAUUUCAUUGCAGAAACGGAGAAUUUACCUUCUCACCAUACAAAAAUUCAGCUCAUUACUACAAAACUAUUACUACACUGAUCGUGCCCUAGUAGGAAAAAAUACGAUUGAAAAUAUUGAAGAUUGGACAAAUUUGAAGGGUUGUUAUCAAAAGUUUUCGAGAUGUGUCAACCAAAAUCCCCCAGUACAUAUUGAUCAAUAUUUGCCUUAUGUAACUGGCGCUUAUGAUCACCACUCGAAUUCAAAUAUUCCAUACCUCGUUGUUUCGUGUGCGAACAAAAUGUGCAAGCUAAGCUAAAAUUGCGCGGUCCGAUCAGCUCACAGCGACGAACGAUUACAGUUUUUGGCUGUGGUAACGAAGUAACUUGUAUCAAGAUGGACGGUCCCCAAAGGAACGGUUUUGGCAAUGCCCUGAUCCGUGAAUACGCCAGUGAAACUUUCUGCAGAUUGUGCUUCUCACAAAUCCACGAGCUCCAUCGCUUGUUUCCCCCCAGUGGGCAACCAAAUAAACUGCUGGUGCAGAAGAUCGAAUACUGCACCAACGUCGGAAUAACUUUUACGAAAGAUAGCAACGCCUGUAUUUGUACCAAGUGUAUUGCCCUGUUGGAGGAAUUUUUCCGAUUUAAACAGUUGUGCAACGCCAACGAGCAGUGGCUUAAGAUAGACGGCAACGGGGACCACGUGGCACCAGGACGGAAAUCGCCGGUGAUUGCUGAUCAUCCAUCGCCGUCAACUCCGCCACGGGAUAGCUACAGUAGUAGCUGCUCGCUAAUAACUAUCAAUUCAGAAGAGAAUGUGGACAGUGAUGGUCUUCCUAACGAUGAUACGCUACAGUCUAGCUGCUGCAUCGAUGAAACUGUUGUUAAAAUGGAGGAAUCAGCUGAAGAAAUAAGCUUUUUGAACAAUGACACCAACGUGGUCACAAGUAGCGGCCACUGUAUGCGAGCUAGGAGACCGACUACACGAAUACUUCAAAAAAUGCCGGAAAAUGCUAUGACUACAAUUACCAUCAAAUCCGAAAGUGAUUCCGAUGGUGAAGCAUCUACAUCUGAAUCCAGUGAUUGUCGUGAGUUUUCCCCGGUUGUGGAGCACGUUGAAGGUGGUCCUGAUGGAUCCCAAGGAUUCAGUUUGGUGCGUGGCACCAAAUCCCGCAAGAAUCGGCUCUAUCUUGUGUACGGAACAUAUCGUUACAGCAAUCGCAACAACGAUGGAAAGAUAUGGCAUUGUACUCAUCGGGCGCCAGCCGGUUGUAGAGCGAUGGUAAUGCUCGAAAAGAAUCGGGUCAUUGAGCUGAACAAUCACCGACACAAUCAUCCACCGCCAGUUAUGCGCGGGAGGAAAAAGAUCAACCCUAAGACGCCCAGCGCCGAAGAAAAAAGUAACGUGAAAAUAUCGCUGGUUUUAAAGAAAGAAAAGGAACCACGCCAUCCACCAACCACCAGGUCUACCCAUCAGAACACCCGGCAAAGCGAGGGUAACAAGUGGUUCAUCAAGGCGAAUCGCAAAACAGUCGACGGAUUUACGUACACAUUCUGCGGCCUGAGGAAGGAUGGAAUAAUCCGUAUGAAGUGCAUUUCGAAGGGUUGCACCGGUCGUGUCUACAUGUACAGCAACGGAGAUUUGAUCAAAAUUAAUGAGGAGCAUAACCACCCACCGCAUGUUCCUUGAUGUAGUUUACGGUGUUUUAAAAUGCUGUUACAUAAUCAGAUUUGGUCCUCUGUGGUUAUAUGAACUCCAACUAUUUUUUUUUCUUACUAACGUAGAUUUAGAUUCAACUAACAUUAACUUCUAUAUAUUUUAAUGACAUUUAUACCGUUCUAUAUUCCUACCUAUAGGUACCUUUUUAUUUUAUGAGUUAUUUCAAGCUUUUAAAAAAAUAAAUAAAAACCCAAAUUAAUCCACUUAGUGGUGAUAGUGCCUUUCUCGUCGAAUAUGUUCUCACAAUCUUUCCGUCGACGUAUGUCAAAGUGUUCCUGAAUCCGAAUAUUUUUGAAGUAAAGAAAGCAUUUUAUCAAAGCCAUCUUUUAAUUGGCUUAAAACUUAUUGAUGGCACAUAGUUCGACGUUAUGUUCAAAGUAUAAGCAGUGCUGAAUAAUAUCAGACUUCUCAGUUGACUGCUUGAACACCUUCAAUAACGCUGGAGGCUGAUCAAUAUCAAGACGAUACUAACAAGCUAAGAUAUAACUUUUUACACAAUCACAGAUCAAUUUGCGGUCUUCGACAAAGUUUUUUCUGCACAUUUUAGGCUAUAUUUUAUUGACCGUUGAAAAUAAGAACGAUAGGUAUUGAGUAUAGUGAGACGCCUGUUUGUAUGUGGGUUUAAUUUGUCUAGAUUUUGAUCUCUUACACAUAUUAAUCGCUUGCAUUGAUUUUAUUUACUUUCGUAGUUCCGGCGAAGCACCAAACGCUGGUUGUGCAAUGCUACUGGUAGUCUCUAAUGUGGUAUGAGCCUAUUUUCUAGUUAGUCGUUGCUCGGGUUAUUGAAAAAGCCGUGAUGUGAUGUGUCGCAUGGUACAUUUGGUUACUUUCGAUGCAGUACCGGAACAGGUUCCGGAGCACUACCUAUCACUCCCAAAUAG